ACAGAGGACACAAAGAUUUGUCCGAGUCUUUGCGCAUCUUCCCAUCUUAUAGGGAAGCCAAGCGGCUGCGUCAACGCCUACUGCUGGUGCUCCACUCGGAGGCCGCCGAACUCCCAAGUCGGGGAGCAAGGGAUCGGGGAGCGGAGAGGACACGAACGAAGGGGAGGAGGAGAGAAGCGAUGGGCAUCCCGAGCGACGACGUGGUGAUCAUUCGGCCGCCGGAGAGGCCGGGAGAGCCGAGCUUGAUCACCAUCAGCUGCCCCGACAAGACCGGCCUCGGAUGCGACCUCUGCCGCGUGAUUCUCCUCUUCGGGUUGAACAUUGUACGGGGAGAUUUCAGCACGGAUGGUAAAUGGUGCUAUGUACUGUUUUGGGUGGUGGAGAGGGGUAGGAAGGCGACGAGGUGGGCCUUGUUGAAGAAGAGGCUGAUUGCGGCCUGUCCGCCGGCUUCGUCCCCGUUGGGGAUCGAUAGCUACUACUUCAACAGACGUCAGGAGACGGCCACAGAGCAGAACCCUCAGGUCUUUUUGCUCAUGUUCUCGUGCUACGACAGGAUGGGCCUUUUGCAUGAUGUUACGGAGGUAUUGUGCGAGUUGGAGCUUACAAUCAGGAGGGUGAAGGUAUCGACAACUCCGGAUGGGAGAGUCGUGGACCUCUUCUUGGUUACGGACACCAGGGAGCUUCUCCAUACAAAGAACAGGAAGGACGAGGCGUGCACUCAACUGAGUGCUGUCUUGGGGGAUUCUAUGUGCAGUUGUGACAUUGAGCUGGCAAGCGCAGAGCUUGCUGAAUGUUUGCAAGCAUCAUCUUUUCUACCUCCUUCUGUGACAGAGGACUUGAUUACCCUAGAGUUUCAAGAAGAACCUUCAAGUUCUCUUCCUAGGUCUAGUGUUUCGGUGGACAACUCUCUCAGCCAUGCUCAUUCACUGAUUCAAAUUCAAUGUCAUGAUCAUAAGGGCCUCCUCUAUGACAUCAUGAGGACCCUCAAGGAUUACAACAUCCAGAUUUCUUACGGGCGGUUCAACGCAGCCGAAAAUGGAAACUGCAACAUAGACUUGUUUGUGGUGCAAAAUGAUGGAAAGAAGAUUGUCGACUCCAACAAGCAGAAAGCUUUAUGUUCUCGUUUGAGAAUGGAGUUAUCCUGUUCGCUACGAGUGAAUCUGAUCAGCCGGGGGCCUGACACUGAACUUAUAGUUGCGAAUCCAGUUGAAUUAUCUGGCAAGGGCCGGCCUCUUGUUUUCUUUGACAUCACCCUUGCACUUAAAAUCCUCAAGAUAAGAAUCUUUCUGGCGGAGAUUGGCAGGCAUGUUGUUGGUGAUAGAGAGUGGGAAGUUUACAGAGUCCAUCUCGGCGACGAUCAUGAGCUUUGUGGAUCAAGGGACAAAAUUGUGGAGGCAGUGACAAAAAUGUUGAUGGGUUGGCACUGAUCCGGCAUCGUCAACGUUCUCUGAUUCUGAGGUUUAUGAAGUCUUCUUCUACGGCACAGAAACAUCUUCAGCCUAAAUCACUGCUCAACAUAACAUACCCAGUGGUGGUGUAAAUAUUUCUAGGGUUCAUAUACUAAGACCAGAAAGUGUGCUGACAAGUUACUUCUCUCUCACUAGUUUUGUUUUGUACAUGGUAGCUUUAGGCAAAUAGGAAUCCUUACUACAUCCAAAGUGACAGUAGAAGAUACAAUUUGUAUGUCCAAUAACUAGUAAUUACUUGUUCAUAUCCAUCCAUCUUGUUUGGUUU